AUGCUGCAUUCUCGGAUAGACCAAUCUACGCCAGCAUUAUCUUUUACAGCUAACAAUGUUUCAUCGGAUGUAGUAGAACAAAUAAGUUUAAGUCCAUACUCAAACAAAGCGUUACUCAACAACCAUAAUUCAUCAGUGAAUAAAAACUGUUCAUAUUGCCGAAUUCUUCCAGUUACUUUAUAUGGCACCAGAAGGACUAUUAACACAUAUGCAUUGAUGGACGAUGGGUCAAGACUAACGCUUAUUGAAGCAAGUCUAGCCGAUGAAUUGGGAAACGAUGGUAUCCAGGAUGCGCUAUGCAUUAAUUGGACAGGUAAUAUCAGUCGACAGGAAAAUAACUCAAAAAGGCUCAACUUACAAAUUUCUGCCAAUGCUCCUCAAGCUAAAAAAUUUCCAUUGAAAAAUGUCCGCACAGUAAGCAACUUACGCAUGUCAGCAGAAUCUUUUGCAGCUGAUAAAAUAAAACAAUGGUAUCCGCAUUUAGAUGGCUUGCCUCUAGCAAGUUAUACAAAUGCUGUCCCCAUGCUGAUUAUCGGCGUAAAUAAUCCAAACUUAAUUUCAGCACUUAAGGUGAGGGAGGGUGGCUGGCAAGAACCCGUGGCGGUGAAAACACGUCUUGGUUGGACAGUUUUUGGUGGUGGUGAAUUAAACCACCGUAACAACUUAAACCUACACAAAUGUAGCUGUGGACAAGAAGCUGAUAGGGAGCUUCAUGAGUUAGUGAAGACAUUUAUAGUAAACGAGAAUGUCGCGGUGGCUACCCCAAAAGCAGAAUUACUUUCAGUUGAGGAUCAGCGAGCAGAGGAAAUAAUGCGCAAGUGCCAGUUACGCGGAAACCGCUACGUUUUCAAUUUGCCAUGGAACACCGAUACGGUCGAAUUGCCAAAUAGCUUGCCGAUGGCAUUACGUCGAGCGGAGUGCUUACGUCGAAAAAUGCAUGGGGACCCUGAAUUGUGUCAAAAGCUAAAGGAACAAAUCACUACUUUAGUCAGCAAGGGCUACGCAACUGAGUUGCCACCAGAAGCAAUUAACGAGCGAGGUGGAAAGAUUUGGUAUUUACCAAUUUUUAUUGUGCGCAAUCUACUUAAACCGAAAAAGCAUAGAUUAGUUUGGGAUGCUGCAGCCAAAGCUGAAGGAGUGUCAUUAAACGAUUUUUUGCUGAAGGGUCCGGAUAUGCUGCGACCACUUAUAAACAUAUUAUUAAAUUUUCGUAUAGGAAGAAUAGCUGUCUGUGGUGAUAUUGCUGAAAUGUUUCAUCGAAUUCUAGUACAAGAAGCAGAUACUGAUGCUCAGAGAUUUCUAUGGUUCAGCGAGACAUUUAAAAAUAUUUGCGUUUAUAAAUUAAAUGUAGUUAGCUUUGGUGCGCGAUGUUCACCAUAUAUAGCGCAUUUUAUUCGAAACCUGAACGCAGAAAGAUUUAUAGCUGAAAAUCCUAGAGCAGUGUACGCUAUUAAAAACAAUCAUUACGUGGAUGACUUUAUAGAUUCAACAAAUUCCAUUGAACAAGCAAUAGCAUUAGCCGAGGCAGUUCGCAACAUACAUGAACGAGGUGGUUUCCAUAUGAGAAGUUGGACAAGUAAUGCACCAGAAGUUUUAGCUGCGUUAAACGAAAAUGGUGAACAGACGGAUGAAAUUGUACCCACUAAAAGAGAAGUACUUCAAAUUUUAAUGUCCAUUUUUGAUCCAUUGGGACUGGCAGCUUGCCUCACAUCAUAUUUAAAAAUACUUAUUCAGGAUAUUUGGAGAAGCGGAAUCGACUGGGAUCAACCACUGGUACCCGAUCUUAUGGGCAAGUGGUUAGCUUGGGUUGCCUGCAUGCCUAUUUUUGCUAAUAUUUCUGUACCCCGUUGUUAUUCACCAUACAUAACAGAAAGUUCAUGUGAUGUACAAAUUCAUACAUUCGUAGAUGCGAGUGAGUUUGCUUAUGCAGCUGUAUCAUACUUCCGCAUUAAAGAUAAAUAUGGAGUAAGUACGAGGAUCGUAGCAGCAAAAACCAAAGUCGCUCCAAUGCGACCAAUGUCUAUUCCAAGAAUGGAGCUACAAGCUGCUGUAAUUGGCACACGACUUAUGAAUACAAUAUGUAAAGUACACACAUUUGAUAUUAAAAAGCGUUUCAUUUGGAGCGAUUCCAAAACGGUGCUAAAGUGGUUGCGUGGUGAUCCACGUCAAUUUCAACAAUUCGUAAUGUUUCGCAUUGCAGAAAUUCAAGAAGCAUCAACCGUCGAAGAGUGGAGAUGGGUACCCACGAAAUUAAAUACUGCAGACAGUGCAACGAAAACAAAACAAAGUCCCGAAUAUGUGCAGCGUUGGGUCGAAGGACCAGAAUUUUUGCUACAAGACGAGGAUAAAUGGCCAACUGAGGUGGACUUAGGUCUGAUGGAGACCAGUGAAACUCGUGCAAAAUUUUUAUAUCAUCGCGAGACACAACCAUGUUUCAAUUAUGAAUAUUUUUCAUCCUGGAUCAAGUUGUAUCGUGCCGUUGCAAAUUGGCUACUCUACAUUGGGAAACUAAAGGCUCGUUGUGGCGGUUUCAAUGCUACAAACGUUAUUUUGACUGUUCAACAUAUUGAGCGCGCGAAGCUCUUAAUAUACAAAAGCGUGCAACAGGAACUACUUGAAGAUUGGUCGACACUGAAAAUGGGGAGAAUAAUAGAAAGGAACAGACCGUUAUAUAGGUUGCAGGUGUAUAUGGAUAACAAUGAGCUCAUAAGAGUAAAAAACAGAGCGAGUAACUUUACGAAUGAGUGUAAACCUCAAACUGAUUUUAUUUUCUUACCGCCAAAACAUAGAGUAUCGUACCUUAUAUGUGCGCACUAUCAUGAACGAUUUUAUCACAUCCAACAUGAAACUGCUUUAAAUGAGGUCAGACAAUUGUAUUUCAUACCAAAAUUGAGACCAUUAUUCAAAUCGAUGCGACGAAACUGCAACGUAUGUAAAAUUUCAUCGGCAAUACCUCAAGCGCCGCAAAUGGCCUUACUUCCCCCAGCACGACUAGCAGCUUUUCAACGUCCAUUUACUCAUGUGGGUAUUGAUUAUUUUGGACCAAUGGUGGUUAUUGAGAAUCGCAAAGCACUGAAAAGGUGGGGUGUUAUAAUAACUUGUUUGACUAUCAGAGCCGUUCACAUCGAAAUCGCCCAUAGUCUUAGUACUGACUCAUGCCUAAUGUGUUUAAGAAAUUUCAUUGCCAGACGAGGAGAACCUAUCACCAUCUACAGCGAUAAUGCAACGAAUUUUCACGGUGUCGAGAACGUUUUAAGAAAGGAGUUAAAGAACAUUGAUUCCUCGGUUAUGCAACACAAGCUAGCUCAUCAAGGAAUAGACUGGAAAUUUAAUCCACCGGCAGCACCACAUAUGGGAGGAGCGUGGGAGCGACUGAUAAGAACAAUUAAGACAGUGCUGUAUCAAAUUUCGCCAUCUCAACGUUUUACGGAUGAAAGUUUACGUACUGCAUUACUUGAAGUUGAAAUGAUCAUCAACUCGCGUCCUUUAACCUACGUGUCACUCGAUAGUGAAGAUGAGGAUCCAAUAACUCCAAACCAUUUCUUGUUGGGGAGCGCUAAUGGUUUGAAACCAUUUUGUGAUGCUAAGAGAAUCGAUCCAAAGAUGUGCCUGCUACAAUCUGAGAUGUUUGCAAAUCAAUUUUGGCGACGAUGGGUGCGUGAGAUACUUCCGACAUUAACGCGUCGCGGCAAAUGGUUCAAUAAAGUGAAACCCAUUACGGUAGGAGACGUUGUGCUGAUAGUUGAUGAAACGGCUAAGAGAAAUACUUGGGUAAAAGGCAUAGUUAUCGAGACAACUGUAGCGAAAGACGGCCAAGUAAGACGAGCUAAGGUCAAAACAACAAAAGGCUUUUUGGAGCGCCCUGCCGUCAAGCUGGCCAUUCUGGAUAUCGGCAAAGUUGACGCAAACGACAUUGGGGUCGCCUGCGGGGAGGAGAAUGUUGCCGAAAAUUGCGAAUAA